AUGGUCUACAAUUAUGACUGGUCAUCGACUAUGCUUGGCCCUAUGGAUUCAUGGGAUCCUGCAAUUAAAAAUGUUGUGAAUUUGUGCCUCAACUCUGGCUUUCCCAUCUGUCUCUCUAUCGGUUCUCCUCAUUGGACUGAGAUAUAUAAUGAAGCUUGGAUACCAGUAUUAAAAACGAGACAUCCAUUCGCAUUAGGAAAACGGCUUGACCAAGUUUGGCCUGAAAUAUAUGACUUUCUUCUUACUCGAUUUGAAAAUAUAAAAACAACGGGUAAAGGCCAAUUUUAUGAUGAUGAAUUUUAUGAAUUACAACGUGAUGGAUAUAAAGAAGAAGCCUAUAUGAAAUAUACAUUUAGUCCAAUUUUCAAAUCUGAUCGCACAGUUUGCGCUAUAAUGUGUAUGUUGCAAGAAACUACUCAAAAGGUUUUAAAUACUCGAAGGUUAAAAAUACUUAGUGAAUUUGGUAGUCAGAUUUCUGAAAUUAAGUCAUUGGAAAGUGCCUGUCGUAUUGUUACAAAUGUAUUAAGUAAUAGUGUUGAUAUUCCUUAUACACUGAUUUACAUUGUCGAUCAUAAAUCGAAUACUGCUGAAUCUUCGGUCGCCCGUCUGAUAGCUACAACCUUUAAUGAAGACGAUAAAGAACGUCAGAUUCCUAAUAAUUUACCAAAUUCUCCCGAAAUAAUUUACUUAUAUGAAGACGCUAAGAAGAGCUACGACACAUACGUAGAAAUAAACCGAGCAGCUACAACUUAUUCGUUCUUGAAGUGCGAUUCUUGGCCAAUAAGCCUUGUAAUAAAGGAAGGAAAACAUGUAAAAGUUCUUUUAAAAGAUGACUCCCAAGCUUUUCUCGUAUCUACAAAAUUAUCUCUUUUAGAAGGACAAACUUUGUCGGUUGUAUUGAUUUAUGGCAUUUAUCAAUUUCGCACACUUGAUGAGCAAUAUAUAGAAUUUUUGCAAUUAGUUACAGAACAAGUGAACACUUAUUUAUUAAAUGGGAUUAAAUUAGAUGAGGAAAAAAAGCGAUCCAAAAUGUUGGCUGAUUUAAAUUAUCAAAAAGUCAUGUUUUUUCAAGGCGUCAGUCACGAGCUAAAAACGCCAUUAACCUUAAUGCUUUCGCCACUUGACGAUGUAAUUAAUGUAUGUUCACAAAAUGCGCCAAUAAUGCCAUACCUUCAAACUAUUCGACGUAACUCUCAUCGAUUGCUUAAACUUAUUAAUGCUUUAUUACAAUUUUCAAAUAUGGAAGCUAAUAAAUUUGAAGCACAUUAUCGAGAAACAAACAUAGUUGAACUUACUCAACAAUUAUCUUUGGACUUUAGCAUUAUGGCUAAAAAAUUAGGAUUAGAUUUCAAUAUUGAUAUUUCAAAUCCAGAUGAAUUUAACAAAGCAGUGGGAGAUAAGAUUUACUUGGAUCAUGAUAUAUACGAAACAAUAAAUUUGCUUGUUAAAGGCUCGAAUGCAUUAAAACAUACUUGGAAUGGAAGCAUAACUAUUCGCUUAUAUCUUGACAACAAAGACAAUAAAAAGAUGGUAAUUCUUGAGGUGUCAGAUACAGGUGUUGGCAUUCCGGAAAUCGCCCUUUCAAAUAUAUUCCAACGAUUUUAUCGUGUAGAAUCUCAAGGUUCACGUAGUCAUGAAGGUACAGGAAUCGGGCUUGCGCUAGUUAAAGAACUUAUUAAGCUUCAUGGUGGUGAUAUUACU